UUUGAAAACCAGUUAUUGCUGUUAGUGGGUAUACCAUGAUAAGAAACGGAGAGAGAGAGUUACUGGGGAGAAUUAGAGUGGGUACUCGGUAGACAAUAAAUGUAAAGUAUUGCAGAGCGAUCACUGAUAAGGAGUGGAAAACAAAAAGUGUUAAGUGAAGCCCCCAGUGACAAAGUCCAGCUUUUGCUGGUUGUGUGGGGUCAUCAUGACUCACCCUUGACCUCUGUAGCUAAGGUGGUCAGUGACGCAAUGGUGAGUGCAUCCCACACAUACAGUGAAGACUGGCUGACUUGUGUUCAGAUCUCGUGUUGGGUACUGUUUGUUGGUUUUUUUAUGUCUGCAUGUGGCAUCAGUUUAAAGAGCUGACUUCUUUGCCGUGAUAUAGUCUUAGUUGCUGGCUUCUCGUAAAACACUAAUCAUCUGCCUCUACCACCUCUACCGCUAGAGGGGGAACAUAAUCUCACAUUUCUGAUUUUCCUUGUUAAUUCCCCAGGAGAGUGCACACAGCUCUUGCUGGUGGUGGCAAGCACAGCUGUCAGGAUCCCGUGCGUUUUCCUCGUACAUAAUUAUUUCUCAGCGAGUUUGGACUACAGUGAUGUAGAACUUUGACCGGCGUUUGAAAUCUCUUCCGUUUAGAGAAUGUGUUGUGCUGAGCUCUGUCUGUCCGUGAGAAUAACACGCAGCUCGGUGAUGUUGUGGACAGCUUGGCAGCUGUGCUGUCGCCAUUUACUGUCUCCCAGCAGCUGCUGUCGCUAGCGUGGCCCUGAGUUACCUGCGACACACCACUCGAUCGACACAGGAUAUGAGCCGAGGAAACACCAGACGGAGCGGGUCCCGAGAAUAGAAAACAACUGACAUGGAGGACUCGAACAAGGAGGAAGCUUCCUGGGAAAACUGUCCACUGGCGACGACCGACAGUGAGGAAACACCGCCUACGCCUAGCAACGGGACGCUGGCAAGUACUUCCGCCGCCAAAGGUCACCAUCGUUGCGGGUGGAUCGCGCGGCUGCAGAGACCGGCAUUUCGACGCAAACUGACCAAAACAGUGGGACUUUGCUUGGCAACGCUUUCUUUGGGGCUGGAGUUCGGAGUUCGUGGACCGACGUUUCUCGACCUGCAGCUUAUCACCGGCACGACAGUGUGGGAGGCUUCCGCCUUCUUUACAGCCGUCCAUGUUGGCUACAUCGUGGGCUCCCUUGUGGGUGGGGUUGUGUACGACCACCUCAGCAAGUCCCUGGCGCUGGUUGUAGGCGUAGUUGGUAUGGGAGUCUUCGUGGCGAUCACACCAUUCUGUGCUCAGUUCGGGAUAAUGGUCACUGUUUGUCUUUUAGCUGCGCUGUCUGCCGGAGUAGUAGACACAGCCAGCAACGCAGAAGUGAUCGCCAUCUGGGGUCGGCACGGGGGCGUGGUUAUGCAAGCUGUACACUUCCACUACGCUUUCGGAGGAAUUGUGCUCCUCUCAUCUGCGAGCCGUUUCUGAAAUCAGAUGACCAAUCACAAUAGCCUCAGCGUUGCCUUCCGGCCAGAAGUGAGCUCAAACACCUCAGAGUCUUCUUCUUCCUUCACUUUCUCUGGGCCAUCAGAAGGAAACGAGAUUCCUUUUUCGCACAAGACAAGUACCGAACCGUGGAACACAGCAGAUUCAGUCAACAGCAGUCAGGUAAUCUUUUCCAGGAACCUAACAAACAGCACACUCGCAAGCCUAGAAGACUCUACACCGAGUAUUGUCUAUUACGCUUUCAUUAUCAUCGGCAUCAUCAUUGUUCUGACAUCCUUACCAAUGGUGUGGGACUACAUAGUAGUUCCUUUUUUGGUAGAAGGGAAGAAAAUUUGCCGGCGUACGAGGAAAGCGAGUAAAAGUGAAGCCCACAAGGUCCAGAGCAGGGAGUUGCCUCUCAAGGUCUACAUCGGGGUGUUAGUUUGGUUCUGCGUCUUCACUCUGACGCACAGCACUGUGGAGGACACUUUCAUCUCAUAUCUCGCCUCCAGUGUGGUCCAGCAGCUCAACUGGAGCAAGCAAGAUGGCGCGCUGCUGACGUCGGCCUUCUGGAUUUGCUUCGCGGCGGCUCGGAUCCUCAACAUCUUUCUGCUACGGGUACUGCGGGUGGCGCAGUUGCUGACGCUGUCUUGCGUGCUGUUGACGUUCUCCCUCCUCGGCUUCCUGCUUGCCUCCUUCCUGGCCGUCAACUGGGGGGUCUGGUGCAGCACCAUGGUGACUGGCGCGGCGGCCGCGGCCCUCGUACCGGCGUCGUUCGCGUGGCUGGAAGAAGAACUAGUGGCCGUAACCGGGGUCACCAUGUCCUUCGCCGUUCUUUCCACCUCUCUUGGCUCCAUUGUCAACCCGAUGGUCCUCGGCUACCUGAUGGAACAUUACGGCGCCAUGUGGCUGGCCUAUAUGAUGCUGGGCGAGAUGGUGGCGUCCCUGGUUUCUUUUUUUUCUCUUUUGCUUUUCUCUCGUAUCUAUGUCAACCGACGCUUCGGAACUCGUCAGCAGCGAAAAGAAAGGUUGUUGCUCAUUGCCGCACCAACUCCUGGAACACAGGGAUGCCCGGAAGACGUUUCGGACAAAGAACAAAUGAAUGGCACAUGUGCACUUUAAAGUGUACAUUCUCACCAAUUAUUUACUUCAGGAUUUACAGCUGCGGGAAGAAAAUAGCUUCCGGCUUGUCAGGGUUACCAGACGUUUAUUUUUGAGCUGUUUAAGAGAAGUGAGUAUUAUGUUUUACAUUUCUAAAGGACAAUCACAAUAUAAAGUGUCCAGGGAAUGCAUUUUAUCUCUUUUUGAAAAAAAUAGUGGGUGGAGCUGUUUACAAAGGAUUUUGUGUGUGUAGGAGUCAAGAAAACGUUCUUAAAUGUGUAUUGAAAGGGGUUGUGUCGUUGUGCCUGUGCAUGUGUGUCAGUGUGUUUAUCCCUAGCACUGUUCACUAACACUGUUCACUAUUGUUUCUUUCAUUUGUACCUUAGACCAAUGCACGGGUCAUGUUUGUUAUACUGUGCACCUUAAGGGUGCUGGAUAACUUUUUCAUAUUUUAAACUUCUGAGCCUUCUCGAAUCUAAUUUUUUUUUCUGUAUUACCAUGGAAGUUUUAUCUGAGCUGAAUGCAAUGUUUUAUUAAUCUCAUUGUUAACUUUUCUGUAAGAUUUUAUCUUUCCUAAGAUUUUUAUGCAAAGAUUAGUUUUCUCCCGGAUCUCAUUUACAUAUUUAUAGAGAGACAUAUUUUGACUUUUGCCUUAUGGGUUGCAAUAUCUAUAGAAAUCAGUUAAAGUGCGUUUCCAAAGAAAUUAUCAGGCGUCAAACAAUCAAGUAUCCAAGAUUCUCAGCGAAAUCGGUUUACAGAUUAUAUAUAUAUGAGAGAGAGAGAAAGAUGUGAUCUGGGAAGGUAGUUAUGAAACAGGAGUCAAGUCGUUUCUCCAGGGCAAAAUCGAGAACUCGAGGAAAAGCGUCUUGUUUCCGACGAUACCCACACCCCGGACACCGCUUCAUGUUUACUUUACCACCGCAGGAGUAAAACAAUAUCUUCGUUGUUGGACACCGCCUUAUAGUUUUGGAAACAAAACGCUUGUCCUUUAGUUCCCCAUGUUGCCCCAGGAUAACGACUUACCCCUACUUUAUAGCUACUGCCACUGGAGAGUGCUUGCUGUAGGGAAAGCCAUUAAAAUUAAAAUAUUUUAAAAUAGUAUUAGUGAAUGAUACAAGAGACAAUCAUCUGUCAAAUGCAUAGCUUAUACAAGAUAUGAGUGUCCUAUUCAAGCGUGUUUCUGUUACUACCUGUGCAUACUCGCUUCUGUCAGUUUGUUCAUCCCAACCUCUGCCCCUUGUCAGUACGUGAUCGUGCCGUUUCCUGGCAACACCGCCGCUUUGUACUUGCUCAGGGUGUACAUCGUAUAUAGUUUCAAUAUGUAUCAAAUCUAUCAUUCUCCGGAUGUGUAACUAUUAUCCUGCUUUUGGUUCCCGCCCCUCCACCGUUACAGCAUUCGACAUAUGGGAGCCACAAAAAGAUGCCUCGUUCAGCAGACGAUCAGCCACCAAGGGCUGCAUCAACAGAGUCCAAAGUUCAUUGUAAACAUGUCAAAAUGUGCGAGAAACAGACAUACACAGGCCCGGUGUAAGCGGUGUUCACCCUAUACGCAAUCCCACGUCUGAUAUCGGGGCAUGAAGGGGAUGAGGGUGGGAGAAAAUGGCGAAUCUCAGUUUUUGAUGGGAUAAGGACGUUCAUUGCUUUCCACACUGGACAGCUUCAUGGCAAACGGCCUCAGUCUGUCCCCAGUGUCUAAUCCUGCUUAUUCCCAGAAACCUCGAAUGCGACUGGUGUUAUCUCCUUUUUAGUUCAUUGUACGCAUACAAAUAACUGGCAGUCAGCGCUGUGAUAAUCACAUGUGACUUCCGUACUGUUACAGAGAACCGUUGCCGAUAGCAGGCUUAUGCCAUAAUGAUCAUGAUGAUACAUAUCAUGGGUAGAAAUGGUGUAUUGAAGUGACCUCUGUAAAACUCUGGGAACUCUCACACUGACGAAUUUUUCAUUCUUGGUCUCCUUCAGCUCAUACCUAACACCUGUUGUGAUCAAUUCAUUUGUGUGUCACUUUUUUUUCUAAGCAUGAUUUUGUUUGUUGCUUUUGCUUGAUGUUUGUGUGAAAAGUAGAAGUGAUGUGCUGUUCUCAGUCAUUUUGACAAUUGUAUCUGUUAAAAAUAUAUCUAUAAAGAAUGUUUUAGAAAUUUACAAAUAAAGUGCCUUGAACAACA